AUGACUGUUAAUUUUAUUGUCAUAGGACGUGGUGUCAAGGAAAAUAAAAUUAGAAACAUUGAAGAAAUAUAUCUAUUUUCACUUCCCAUUAAGGAGUUUCAAAUCGUAGACCGUUUCUUCGGCACUGCAUUAAAAGAUGAGGUUAUGAAGAUUAUGCCUGUUCAAAAACAAACUCGUGCCGGUCAAAGGACUCGAUUUAAGGCCUUUGUUGUAAUUGGCGAUUCCAACGGUCACGUAGGUCUUGGAGUUAAAUGCUCCAAGGAAGUGGCGACAGCUAUUCGCGGUGCUAUCAUCCUUGCUAAGCUCUCAGUAAUUCCCGUCCGACGUGGAUAUUGGGGUUCAUCCCUUGGUGAACCACACACCGUCCCUGGCAAGGUUACCGGUAGAUGUGGUUCCGUUAUAUGCCGUCUCGUCCCUGCGCCUCGAGGAACCGGUAUUGUCGCCGCUCCCACUCCUAAAAAACUUUUACAAUUAGCAGGUAUCACUGACUGUUACACUACAUCUCGUGGUUCCACUCGUACUUUGGGUAACUUUGUUAAGGCCACUUUCGCCGCUAUCGGCAAUACCUACGGCUUCUUGACACCCGACUUGUGGAAAGAUACCGAGUUUAAGCAGUCACCAUAUCAAGAAUAUAGCGACAUUUUGGCUGCAAAGCAGAAAUUCUCGAAAGAAGGAUCCGCGACGACACUUCUAACAAAUAUCUUUACUACGUACACUAUGAGGGGUGUUAUUGACCGGAGGCUUGACGAAUGGGUCACCUCCGAAAGAAUUGUCCGGGCCGUGGCUGCUUCCUCGUUAGGGGCAACUCCGGCAAAACGAGCUGGAGUUGACGAGGAAGCGACCGACGAGGGGGAAACCUCUCGACAGGGUCGUUUUUCAAAAAAGCGAAAACUUAACGGUAGUGGUUCUGUAAAAGGACCAAAAAAGCAGGAAGAUGCUCUUGAAAAAGAACAUGAGAAAAACACAAAGGUACGAAACAUCGGCGCUGUUGUAUUCGGACUUUACGAAAUCGACACGUGGUACUACUCGCCGUUCCCCGACGAGUACAAGUACCUCGAAAAGGUAUACUUCUGUGAGAGGUGCAUGAAAUACAUGAAGAUGAAAGAAACAUGGGGACGUCACAUGUCUCUUUGUGACCACAAGUUCCCUCCAGGUGGGUUGGUUUAUGAAAACGGUCGAAAUAAGAUAUACGAGGUCGACGGAAAGCUGAAUAAGCUUUACGGUCAGAAUCUCUGUCUUUUAGCAAAGUUCUUUAUCGACCAUAAAACCAUUUAUUAUGAUGUUGAAGGUUUCAUUUUCUAUAUUUUGACCGAGGUUGACAACGGGAACGAUGAGCAUAUCGUUGGAUAUUUUUCAAAGGAGAAGGUAUCGUAUGAUAACAACAAUUUGGCCUGUAUACUUGUCUUCCCACCCUAUCAAAGGCAAGGGUAUUCACAGCUGUUAAUUGAGUUUAGUUAUGAGCUUUCCAAAAAAGAGGGCAAGAUUGGAUCCCCAGAGAAACCCAUUUCUGACUUGGGAAUGAAGGGCUAUCGCUCGUACUGGAACAGAACGAUUCUUCGUCUCUUGAAAAAUUACAAAGGUACAUGCACAGGCUCAGGAUCCUCUUCAUUGUCGACAACACCUCCCGAAAGAAUAGACAGUAACGGCGGGAUUGAUACUGACGGUAAUGGAAGCAUACAGCAGAUAAAUGAUGAUGAGAGAAUCAAAAUCUCUAUCAAUAAGAUUUCCGAGAUUACUGGUAUUCGCCAGGACGACGUUAUUGAAACUCUUCGUGAUUUAGGAUUUCUUAAGUUUAGGAAUCCAAAACCUCGUAGGCGAAUUACAACAAUAUCAGCCGUUAUUAGUCACCCAAUAAAUAACAUGGCCAAUGGAGAUCAUCGAUACGAACCUUACUAUCAGUACCUCAAUAAUAACCAGCAGAAAGAUCAACAAUAUCAAUUGCACCGCGACGAGGAGUACACCCAGAAACGUAACCAAAAUCGUUUCAUCUGCAUCACAAGGAGAAUGGUCGACGACUACAUUCGAAGUCAGGGGGUAAGGCUCGAGAAUCGAGUUUUUGACAUUUGUGGUCUCAAAUGGCUUCCCAACGAAAGCCGUUAA